UUAGCUGGUCGUGACCAAGAAACCACCGGCUUUGCUUGGUGGGCUGGGAAUGCCAGACUUAUCAAUUUGUCCGGUAAACUGCUUGGAGCUCAUGUAGCCCAUGCCGGAUUAAUCGUAUUCUGGGCCGGAGCAAUGAACCUAUUUGAAGUGGCCCAUUUCGUACCAGAAAAGCCCAUGUAUGAACAAGGGUUGAUUUUACUUCCACACUUAGCUACUCUAGGUUGGGGAGUAGGGCCAGGGGGGAAGUUCUAGAUACUUUUCCGUACUUUGUAUCUGGCGUACUUCACCUAAUUUCCUCCGCAGUCUUAGGCUUCGGUGGCAUUUAUCACGCGCUUCUGGGACCCGAGACUCUUGAGGAAUCUUUUCCAUUCUUUGGUUAUGUCUGGAAAGAUAGAAAUAAAAUGACUACAAUUUUGGGUAUUCACUUAAUUUUGUUAGGUCUAGGUGCUUUUCUUCUAGUACUCAAGGCUCUUUAUUUUGGCGGUGUAUAUGAUACCUGGGCCCCUGGGGGGGGAGAUGUAAGAAAAAUUACCAAUUUGACCCUUAGCCUCAGUGUUAUAUUUGGUUAUUUACUAAAAUCUCCUUUUGGUGGAGAAGGGUGGAUUGUUAGUGUAGAUGAUUUAGAAGAUAUAAUUGGUGGGCAUGUAUGGUUGGGUUUUAUUUGUGUAUUUGGCGGAAUUUGGCAUAUUUUAACCAAACCCUUCGCAUGGGCUCGCCGUGCAUUUGUAUGGUCUGGAGAAGCUUACUUGUCUUAUAGUUUAGCUGCUUUAUCUGUCUUUGGUUUUAUCGCUUGUUGUUUUGUAUGGUUCAAUAAUACAGCUUAUCCGAGUGAGUUUUAUGGACCCACCUGGCCAGAAGCUUCUCAAGCUCAAGCAUUUACUUUUCUAGUUAGAGACCAGCGUCUUGGAGCUAAUGUGGGAUCCGCUCAAGGACCCACAGGUUUAGGUAAAUAUCUAAUGCGUUCCCCAACUGGGGAGGUUAUCUUUGGAGGGGAAACUAUGCGUUUUUGGGACCUUCGUGCUCCAUGGUUAGAACCUCUAAGGGGCCCCAACGGUUUGGACUUGAGUAGGUUGAAAAAAGACAUACAACCUUGGCAAGAACGACGCUCAGCAGAAUAUAUGACCCACGCUCCUUUAGGCUGUUUAAAUUCCGUGGGUGGCGUAGCUACCGAGAUCAAUGCAGUUAAUUAUGUCUCUCCUAGAAGUUGGUUAUCAACUUCUCAUUUUGUUCUAGGAUUCUUCUUUUUUGUGGGCCAUUUAUGGCAUGCAGGAAGAGCCCGAGCUGCUGCAGCAGGUUUUGAAAAGGGAAUCGAUCGUGAUUUGGAACCUGUUCUUUACAUGAACCCUCUUAACUAAGAUUUUCUUAUUUAUACCUGUUCUACUUUUUUUCUGUUCUGGCUCGGUUAUUCCAUCUAGCCGAGCCAUUCAUUCCUUUUUAUGAAAGAAAGAUAAGGGACAGAAAAAAAAUGAAAGAAACAAACGUAUUCAAUAAGCAAAAGGAGAGAGAGGGAUUCGAACCCUCGAUAGUUCCUAGAACUAUACCGGUUUUCAAGACCGGAGCUAUCAACCACUCAGCCAUCUCUCCACAGCCUAAUCCUUAUUUUACUCCUACAAAUAGAACAUAGCCAUAUAAAAAAUAAAAAGAUUUAUUAGCCUCUAGAAAGAUAUCAGAUACAAGUUCCUUUUCGAUAUAUCUCUGUAUACUGUAUACACGGAUACAGGAUCCGCUAUACCCGCUUGUGAAAUAAAGAGUAAAUAAUCUCUUCUCACCCCCAUAUCCAAAUAAAAAAGCGGUUUAAGUAAUAAAUUUGAAUUAAAGAGAAGAAUCAAUGGAUUCAUGAUUAAACCCCUCCUACUUCUUGUAUUUUUUUACAAUUUUGGUUUAAGUGAGGGAUCAAAUAUGUAGUCAACUUUAUUUGAUGGUAGCUUGGAGGAUUAGAAAUAUGACUAUUGCUUUCCAAUUAGCUGUUUUUGCAUUAAUUGCGACUUCCUCAGUCUUAGUAAUUAGUGUACCCCUUGUAUUUGCUUCUCCUGAUGGUUGGUCAAAUAAUAAAAAUGUUGUAUUUUCCGGUACAUCAUUAUGGAUUGGACUAGUCUUUCUCGUAGCUAUUCUGAAUUCUCUCAUUUCUUAAAUGAAAUUUGGUUAAUAUUUAUUAACCCCAUAAAAAAGAAAUAAUAAAGGCCAUUUCUUCUAAAAAAUUAGAAUAGUGAGACGUAUUAAAACGCAAUUUGCGUUCCGAAUUGCUAGCUCUUCUCUUUCAGUAUUAUGAAAUUCCAUUCCCAUUAGAAUAUUCAUUCACAGAUAAUAAAAAAAGGAAAACUCUAAUAUAAUAGAAAAUGAAAUGAAACGGUCGACCCAGACAUAGAAGGUCGACCCAGGCGUAUAUACGCUAUAAAAUAUAUACCGUAGCGAGCGUAGUUCAAUGGUAAAAUAUCUCCUUGCCAAGGAGAAGAUACGGGUUCGAUUCCCGCCGCUCGCCCGCUUAAUUUAUCAAAGUACUAUGAUAAAAAGUUUAGUCUAGUUAACUGUUUAACUACUUAUAUUAAAUUAAGUAUUAAUUAGGUGUUAGUCUAGUGCCGUAUCCCUUACUAUCUUACCCUUCCUUUGCAUCCCACUCAAAAAAAGACGGCGCUCCGGAGGCAGAAAUAGAACUCGCCAACAGAGCUCCAAAAAUUGGGUAUUAACUGAGACAAACAACGGGCAAACUUUUUUUAAAGGGAAGAGAGAGGUAGACUGUCCCUUUCGUUUCAUUUUUAUUUUCUGCAGGGUAGGGAGAAGCCUUGCGCCUUCUUUUUUUGAAGGCAAGUGACUUC